AUGGACACUGCUGUUCAGACUCCAAAGGCGUGUUCUACUUUGUUUCUGGACCAGCCACCCAGUUGUCUUAAAUUCUGCCCGACUGCUCCCAAUCACCUCCUCGUCUCCACGUAUCUUCUCACAGAAGUAGCCAGUGGCAAUUCGGCUCCCAACUCAGUACGCACCGGAAGCCUUCAACUCUUUAGAUUUGACCCGUGUUUAUAUCAGCUCUCACUUAUACAGCGGCUGCCUUUGGACUUCGCUGUCUUCGAUUUUCAAUUUUCACCACACGACCCUAGUUUAUUUGCAGUUGCCUUGAGCACAUCAGUUGUCUCGUUAUAUCGGAUCGAGGCAACGAAUGACCCGGCACCCUCAACUGCUGUAAUACAGUUUGUGCGCUCAAUUCAAGUCCAUGAAAAUUCGGACCAGCUUGCCCUGUUUCUUGCAUGGAUUCCCCACAACGUUUCCUUAAAUGGUAGAGAUUACCCAAACCAGAUUAAAGACGGUUUUGCAGUUUCAUUUUCAGAUGGCCGAGUAUCUGUCUUUUUCUCGAAAGACGGCGCAAACAAGCUAGACCAAGAUUCUGUCUGUGAGAUGCAAUUAACCGGUUACCCGGUUGAAAUUUGGUACGUGGCCUUCCAUUUCAAAAUAGAAGAAGGCCAAUCAGCACUUCUUUUUGCAGGAGACGAUAUGCAACACAUUCGUGCAGCUUCCUUAGACACGAUGACGGGAGCUGAAGAUAUACUCCCCUGCUCCUGGCAAGUCGACGACCGUGGUCGGUUUCAUGAUGCAGGAGUGACUUGUAUUCUUCCACUUUUUCAUGAAGGCGCUGGCACAAUAGUCCUAACAGGCAGCUAUGACGAGCAUAUCCGAGUUUACCACUUCAAAACUAGAGGCGAGGUCCUUGCAAGUAAGAACCUUGGAGGAGGAGUCUGGCGGUUGAAGCUGAUAAAAGAGGAAGAAUUACCCAAUAUCUCAAGCCAAAUCCAAGGACACAGUUAUACAAUUUUAGCCAGUUGUAUGCAUGGCGGCACUCGAAUCCUCCGUAUAACUCAUACUAGGGAGCAUUGGGAAAUCAAUAUUCUUGUCGAAUUUAAAGAACAUCAGAGCAUGAACUAUGCUUCCGAUGCUUACACUGGUGCAAGGGACGACGACGAUGCGAAUAAUGCCAGACAUAACUCCGCGCUCUUCGUGACAAGCAGCUUCUAUGAUAAAAGGGUUUGCGUAUGGGAAGCAAACUUGUGA